AUGUCUGCUGCCGAAGCUACCGAACCCAAGGUCGAGGAGACCAAGCCCGCCGAGACCACCGGUGAGGCCGAGAAGCCUGUGACCUCGUCUGCUGUUUUCUCCAUGUUUGGGGGUGGCGCCAAGAAGGAGAAGAAGGAGGAUGAGGAGCGUGGCGACAACUCUGGCAGCGCCAAGGCCCAACGUGAAGCUGCCGCCGCCGAGAAGAAGGAGGGCGGCGAGGCUGAGGAAGAAGCCCCCGAGUCCGAGGAUGUUCACUUCGAGCCCGUCAUCAAGCUGACGGAGAAGGUCGAUGUCCAAACCAACGAGGAGGCCGAGGAGCAGCUCUUCAAGAUGCGCGCCAAGCUGUUCAAGUUUGUCAAGGAGACGACUGAGUGGAAGGAGCGUGGCACCGGUGACGUCCGUCUGUUGAAGCACAAGGAGAACGGCAAGACUCGUCUCGUCAUGCGUCGUGACAAGACCCUCAAGGUCUGCGCCAACCACUACAUCGUUCCCGAGAUGAAGCUGUCCCCCAAUGUCGGCUCUGACCGCAGUUGGGUGUGGAACGCCGCCGCCGAUGUCAGCGAGGGUGAGGCCGAGGCCGUUACCCUGGCCAUCCGCUUCGCCAACUCUGAGAACGCCAACCUCUUCAAGGAUGCUUUCCUCAAGGCCCAGAAGGACAACGAGGAGCUCUUCAAGGCGGCCGAGAGUGCCGCAGCCCCUGCUUCGGAGUAA